CCUGAAAUUCCCGGCGUCAGGCGUUGAAAAUUGUGAAACUAUUCGAGCGUGCGCAGAAAAACGUUACCAUCCAACAGCAAGAAUCGUAGAACACAUCCCCACCAUAGAACGCGCCGAAUUAUUCUAGGUUUGAAACCACGGCAGAAAUCGAGUCGACAGCGCCAACCGUCGCAUUUUGAAUUAAGCUUUUGGAGGUACAAGACUGUGUUUCAGUGUUUGUGAUUUUAUUGCCAAAAAUGUCUAAGAAAAACGGAAAUACUUCCCUUCUACAACAAGGGGCUGAAAAGCCUAUUAUAGCCCAAUUAGACCAGAAAAAGGGUGGUGUUAACACAGUUAUUAUGACUAAUUUUAAGUGUGACCAAAACCAAGUUCCUACACAAUCUGCAAAUGGGUCCACUGUACCUUUGGUGGACACCAGGAAGGCUGAUCCAGAAGUCGGAGACUAUGAUCCGUUUCAACACAGGGCCAAUCUGCCGCAUCCAACAUCGGACUUGGAUACGCUCAUCCAUCUGCUUAAAGGAUGUUUGGGAAGCGGUAUUUUAGCCAUGCCAUUAGCCUUCCACCACGCCGGCUUAUUCUUUGGUCUCAUAUGUAUGUUUAUCAUUGGUAUAAUUUGCACCUAUUGCGUUCACAUCUUGGUCAAAAGUGCGCACGAAAUCUACAGGCGGCAAAGGGUAUCAGCUCUCGGCUUUGCCGAGGUGGCAGAAGCUGCUUUCCUCAUCGGACCCAAAGGUUUCCAUCCCUGGGCUAAGUUCGCCAAAGCCAUGAUUAACUUCUUUCUGGUGGUAGAUCUCAUCGGUUGCUGCUGUGUGUAUGUAUUAUUCGUGGCAAAGAACCUCAAGCAAGUAGUAGAUGGUUACACCGAGGAAGAAUACCACUACGACGUCAGGAUAUACAUGGCAGCCUUGUUACCGUUCCUAAUCUGCACCAAUCUCAUCAGAAAUCUCAAAUAUCUCGCACCAUUGUCCAUGGUCGCUAAUGUUUUAGUAGCUGUAGGCCUUGGUAUUACUUUCUAUUAUAUCUUCAACGGUCUACCACCGCUCAGUUCCAGACCUCAUUUUGCUAGUGUGUCCACUUUGCCUGCCUUCUUCGGCACUGCCAUUUUCGCUUUGGAAGGUAUUGGUGUAGUUAUGCCUUUAGAGAAUAACAUGAAAACUCCAGGUCACUUUAUUGGAUGCCCCGGCGUGCUCAACAUCGGCAUGUUUUUCGUUGUGAUUCUAUACGCAUCUGUUGGAUUCUUUGGAUACUUACGAUAUGGAGAUGACGUCAAAGUUGGAAGUAUCAGCUUGAAUCUUCCCGACGAACCACUGGCCCAAUCAGUGAAGGUGAUGAUCGCCGUAGCCAUCUUCUGCACGUACGCUCUACAGUUCUACGUCCCCAUGGAGAUUAUCUGGAAGGCGGUAAAGAAUAACUUUAACCGAAAAACAUUGGCAGAAUACAGCAUCAGAGCCAGUUUAGUAAUCGUAACAGUGGUCAUGGCAAUUUUAAUCCCCAACUUAGGGGCCUUCAUCUCUUUAGUAGGUGCUGUAUGCCUGUCCAUGUUGGGCCUUAUUUUUCCAAGUAUCAUCGAAUUAGUUACUUUCUACGAAGACCCCGGCUUGGGUCGUUUCAACUGGCGGUUAUGGAAAAACAUGUUUUUGAUCAUGUUCGGUCUGUUGGGUUUCGUAACGGGAACCUACGUCAGUAUACAGGAAAUCAUUCAGGGUUGAGCCAUUCUACCGUUUUUCAGUAUUUCUACAGUCGACUUCGCAGGGAGUCUCACAUACAAAGUUGGUUUUCCGAUCCGGCUGGAACCCGGUUGUUUCUUCGACCAGAGAUUACCAUUUGCAAUGGGUUCAUCUCUUUAGAUAUCAACAGAGGAAACAGUCGGUGAAGUAGAGGCCGUUUUAGAAAUAAAUGAAUGGUUUUUAAACUGUUAAUGAGCCUUAGUAAACGUACCCAUGUAGACACAGUGUUAGAUACAGACUGUUUAGUUUUGAAUUAGAUAUAAUAUACCCAACUAAAAGAAGCGCUAAAAUCUGCAACGUUGUCGUCUUACUUUUUUUACUUUUUCGUGUCUGGAUCCGACUACAGUUUUUCUGCCCAAUAUCGGGCUACAUCUACACCCUUUGUAUUUGCGAGCCAUAAAUUAUCGAGGGUGCACUGUGAUUGGCAAAGUCUGCAUACACUCGGUGGUCCACGUUUUAUAUUUCCCCACAUUCACAAAGUGUGCUGUUCUCUAUCUUGAUGCCCCAUUUAAUGAGGUUCUGUUUUACAGGGGAAACACCUGGGCGUAUGCGGUUAGGUAAAAUGGUAGGUAUAGACACACUAUAGGAUAUACGCCUAAUACCAGUUUUAAAGCUAUUUACCUGAGUUGUUACGUGGCCAACAGGGAGGGGUUGUAACAGGACUUUUCCUCAACCGCAGAUGAUGGACAAGCCUAGGAAAGACACAUGACAUUAGUCCAAGAGUACAACAACGACCAAAACAAUUGAUUAUAGUAUAAUCUUCUAAAUACUCACGUGUCCCAAGCUGAGGUUAUGUCACAGUAACUAAUUAAAACUUUUCAUCAGCUUACAAGAUAUUACUAGCUUUAAAGCCGUCACUGGUACAAGCCCUUCAAAUGACGAUGAGUUUUCAUAAACUCAGCUGAAUUAUCGCUGAUGAAUCGGAUUUGCAAAGUUCUCCACUUUACAAUGGCCGAUGUCGUCAAGCCUUAAUCAAAGAGACCGGAUGUCAACCGCCUUUCCUUAAUGUCAUUCGAGUUCAUGGCUUACAACGAACAUCUGAGCACGGAACCACGGUUGAUUUAGUUAUGUGACAAGAACCUAUACAAGGGCUGUGAAUCAGAAAAAGAUAGCGGUACACACAUUUCUACGUUCUCAGAUAUUCCUAAAACAACUCAACAAACCCAUUUUGCAAACGAACCCCAUUUUGCGAAGAUGAUGAGCUCGCCGUAGCUACCCAUCGGGCUAGCCCUGACCUGACCCCCCAAUACCAAGCCCCCAACCACAAGCCUCAACUUUCCCAAAAGAAAGGAUGUGAUUGUGUAACCGCUGGACACCCACUAAAUGAAGGGCCUUAAGCAAAAAAUAAAUAAAAAAAACUAAAACAAACAACUCUCUCCCAGGACAUAGAAGGAAGACACUUAAGUGUGGUCAGUCAUCAAGCAACCGAAGAAAU